GCCUCGCCCCGCACCCCGCCACCCGGCGGGAAGCUUGAGCCAAGCAGACCUCACCUGUCCUCUGCCUGCUCCGCUGCGAUGCGCGCGCUGGUGCUGCUGUGGGGCUGCCUGGCGCUCCGGGCUUCUGCCACCCUGUCCUGCCCGAAGGAGCUGAGCGGGUCCGAGGGCGAGACGGUGACCCUGCGGUGCACCUACGGGGAGGAGCAGCGGACCCGCACAAAGUACUGGUGCAGGGAGGGUGGGCUCUUCAUUUCUCGAUGCUCCGAUAAAAUCAUCGUGGGAGAGGACAGCCGGGAGGCCACGAAAAACCGGGUGUCCUUCCGGGACAGCCCCUCAGAGCUAGCAUUCACAGUGACCCUCAGGGACCUCAUGCUGAAAGACUCCGGGAAGUACUGGUGCGGAGCACAGAAGCUGGGCCGGGAAGAAUGGUUCGAGGUCUCCCUGACUGUUUUCCCAAGAGCAGAGAGAUCCAUGGUCACCACCAGGGCCUGCUGCCCACUCUCCCCUGACCCCUCUUUCCAGGCCCUUCCGGCCACCACCGCCAGCCUGCAGCCCAGGGCGGGAGCCCAGCCCCUGCGGCCCCCCACACCCAGGAGUUCUAGCCCAGCCACGGUGCCUGACCCCUCCUCCUCCUCCUCCACGCCAGCAGGGGACCCCAGUCCUGUCUCCAGCAGCCACGGUUCCAUGGCCAGCAUGUCCAUCCCCACGGUCCGCCUGCUGGCCCCGGUCCUGGUGCUCCUGUCCCUCCUGCUGGCCAUGGGCCUCAUCACCCUGGGUGCCCACAUGUUCUGGGCUCGGAAGUCAGGGCCCUGCUACUGGGGCAGCUGCCUGGCCUCACCUGCGCCCUCCUGGGUUUCUUUCAGCACUGCUGGCUGUGGAGAUGCAGCGUGGUGAAAAGGUCCUCCUCACAGUCUCGGCUCCUGAAGCAGACAGGACCCCCAUGCCGUGCCCAGCAUCAGAGGAAGAGCCGGGCCUCUCUGAGUUCAUCUCAGUGUAGCCAUGGAUGCCCGCCAGGGCUCUGGGGGCGCUGUCCAGCAGGCCUCAGCCUAGCGCUCUCCAGGUUCCUGGGACCUCUGCACUGAGCCAUGUCCCCGCCUUUUUUAUUAUUCUGAAGCAAGGUCUGUCUCACUGAAUUGCUACUUCUGAAUUGCUGGGCCUGAAUUUAUAAUCCUACUGUCUCCGGCUCCCAGUGGGCUGGGAUCACACUCAGUGCCAGACUCUCCCUUCUGUGUGGCCCCAGCAUGGCCAAGAGGAGGGGCCAGAACAUAGCUCUGAACCACCCAGGGCCAGGCAGGGUUCAGCAGUCACCAGAUGUCUCCCCUCUGCAAAGCCCCUGCCCUGGGUCCCCCACCUGCCUCCUCCCCUUACCCAGCACAGGGCGAGCCCUGACAUCUCAGGAUGAGGCUGUGAACCCCUGCACCUGGCCCUGGGGGAUGCUGAGCCCCAUCAAGACCCCCAGAGCCAUCUUGAAGUCAGGCCAGGACUCUGAGGAGUGCCUGUGUCUCCUCAUGGCCAGGAAUCCCCCAGACCUCAGCUUGGGGGGUCCACACCAGGGGGCCCCUCUCAAGCAGGGCAGGGAGGGAAAAGGACCCCGAGUCUGUCCUGUGCCCUGGAGAGUGGGGGUCGAGGAGCAGGGCCACACACAUAAUUUUUCUAUUCUCUUUAAAAGUGAGAUGGGGGGCUCAGUGUACAAAACUCAAAGUUGGGGGCAAAACAGAAGGAAAGAAAGUGACCCCCAGUCUCCCCUCCUGGAGCACUGAUUCAGACUGCUCAGUGUCCCUGUGGUCCCAUGUGAUUGGUGGCUGUCCCUCCUUCAGGCUGAUGACCUCGUACCCCUCUCUAUCCUCCCCCGCCUGGCCAGCUCAUGGAGGCACCCUUCCCCUUAUUGGGCCUCUUGGGCCUCUUGAAUAAAGCUUCCUUCAAGUCA